GCUGCUAAAAGCAAAGGUCCAUCCAAUUUGAAGGACCCAUUCGCAAAUUUAGGAAACCCUGCGCUGCGCCACCAACAAGAGCUACCAAGGAAUGCCGGUAAUGGUGAAAGGUACACUGGGUGGCCUAGUUACCCUCGUAAAACCGUCGCCGCGAAGGCCAAGAAAAAGAGACAAGUCUGUCUAAAUUCCAAGUCCUCUGAGAGGCCGAUCGACACCUCCGCAACUACGUCCAAGACCGCCGCGGCCUCUGAGACAAAGAUUCCGACGACAGUAUCUAUUUCCUCCUCGUCGGAAUCAGACAGCGAAACAAAGUCAUCGAGUUCGCCAUCCGACGGUGGAUCGGAUCCGACCCGGGAUUGUAAUGAAUCGGGCGGCGAGGGCUCGAGUCGGAGGGGCCAAUUGGCGGCAAAUCUGACGGACACGGACGUGCUGGAUUGCGCUAUAUGCUGCCAACCCCUUCGCUCCCCCGUGUAUCAGGUUUCUUCUUCUUCUUUUUUGAUGGUCAUUCGUUGCAGGGCUCUCGAGAAGGUUCUAGAAUCUCUCACCUUCCCGUGCAAAAACUCGUCCAAUGGCUGCACGGAAUCGUUAACCCACAUCGAUCGACUCUCUCACGAGGACACUUGCGAGUUCACUCCUUUCCCUUGCCCUUUCCCAGGCUGCAAAUUCUCACACAAGUACACGCGUCUCUACACGCAUUUCACUCUGGAGCAUUCGCAUUAUUCCCAAACGUUCUCUUUCGGCACCUCCAUCUCAUUCGUGGGCAAUUACGAGGACAAAUUCUUUCUUCAAGAAAAGAACCGCAGAACGCUUUUCGUCUGCACUCGUGCUUUCAGUUCACGUGGGGUUGAGGUAGAUGUGUUCUGUGUGGGGCCCGAGUCCGUUGAGGGAGGCCCGUUUUCGUGCGACCUCACGGCGAAGGUUGGUGUGGGCACGUCGUUGAAUAUGAAGACGAGUGUAGAGUGCAAGCAGGAGUGGACGGAUAAGGAUAGGUCGGGAAAGUACGUUUUUGUCCCUAUGGAUUUGAUGAGAGGAAGGCGACCACUCGAGUUGGAACUUGUCCUCAACGAGAGUACUGCUUGA